CCAGUUGUUCCCAAAGAGCACUCCAAUCAAGUACUGACUUCUCACGUCAGAUAAACAGGUCAGUGCUCAGAGGACGCAGCAGACACGCCUGAUGAUGCUGGCCUUCGUUAAAGCCAAUCCGGAACUCUUUGCCUGUUAGAUAGGACUUACAAUCUACAAUUUUGCUUUGACUUAGCUGUUGCUUACAGCUGUUAUUUAUAAAAAAAAAUUUUUUUUUUUAAAAAUCAAAUUUUUGAUCCUACCUGGCUCUACUGAGAUCUGCCUCCUACAGGAAGGUUCGCCCCUCUCUGCUGCCAUGAGAGGCCUCCCUCUGGUGUGGCUGUGCUUGCUGCUCAGCCUCCUGCCUCUGGAGAUCCAGUCCCGGGUUCUGAGAGUUCACAGGCACAGGUUAGGUGAACCCAGAAUCAAUAAAGCGUCUUACCCCAACUCCCCACCUGGUGUGUCUGAUCUUUCUGCUGCCAGCAGAAAUCAAACCCCACAGGAAGACACACAACACACUGCGAGGGCCCCACUGCACAGAGACCCAUCAUCAAAGUUGUCUGACAUGCUUCUUCGUGGAAACAGUAAUGCGCUGCCGGUGGAACAGGUGUGGCAGCGGGGGUCACGGGGUCGUCGUCAUGCCAACAGUGGAAGCUCAAGGGGCCACGGCCAUCUGAUGAGGGUGGGGUGCGUUCUUGGGACCUGUCAGGUGCAGAACCUGAGCCACCGACUCUACCAGCUAAUUGGACAGAACGGCAGGGAGGACUUCUCCCCCAUCAACCCCCGCAGCCCCCACAGCUAUGGCUAGCAUCACACCUCCAACCAGAGGCGUACUGGGACAGUCAACCUUUCCAAAUCAUUCAUUUCCAUUGGACCACAGAUGGAAAACUAUCCAUUUAGAGUUUUAUUUUAUAGUUGUAACAGUAAUUUUCAUUGACUUUUUGAUAGAAAUGUACUCACUGAGGAAUUUCCUUAGAUCUGUGCCUGUUAAAGCAUUUAUAAAGAAAAUAAAAAUGCUGUGAGAGAGUUAGAUGUCAAACGAACAAAGGGUGAAUAUGGCCUAAGGACUAAAUCUGUAAAUUCUUAAAAUGUUCCUGAGAGAAAAAGAGCCAACUGGUGGCGUGCCACAUAUGCUUUGUGAUUUUUCUUUCUCAAUGAUGAGGGGAAGUGACAGGAAAUCAUUGAUGAGAUAGGAAACCCCAGCUUCCUGUAAUUUUAGGAUUUAGCAGCUAAAGAAAGGAGAAAUUGGAGAGGCAAUGCCUGAUCCAGCCAGAAGUGUCCAGUCUUGAUUCAAAGACCGGGGGCACUCACAGUUUAUUGUUCCGAUUUAUAAUAAAUUGUGCUUUUCAUGACAAGUUGAGACAGAUUUAUGGUUUCUAAAUCAGCCAUGGCAUGCGAUGGCAAGUCGAGACUCGUCCAUGCAGAUGUCCCAAUCAGGAUUUUUUUGUGGUACCGAUCAGUCAUUUGGGAUUAAGCAUUUGCAGAAAUCCAAAAUCCCCACCCUGCAAGAGAGGUCCAAUGACAAAACUCUAACUUAAGUUUGGGUGUUUGGUCUAAACACAGUAAACAAGAACAGUUUUAAUAAACUAAUGUAAACUAAUAAUACAGAGAUUUUAUUCAAAUUGAACACCUCUGCUUUCAGAGCAGAAAUCCUACCUCAAAAAAAUGUAAAUGACGGAAAGGAUAUUCUCCAAAAUCAAAGAUCUGCAGAUGUCAACUUUUUUCCGAACAAAAUCUUUUGUGCACAUUUGUACAAUGAGUUAAGAGUCUUAUCUUUUAAUUCAGCAUAACGUUCAAUUGACAAAGUAUGGUUCCAAUUUUAGUGACGCCUGAAAUAUAAAACAGCAAUAAUCAUUCACUAUUUUAUGAAUUCAUAGAUUUAGUUUGUCUGUUUUGAAGCUUGAGGUAGUCCAAUGAUAUUGAACUGUGAUAACUACAGAUUUCUCAGAACUUAUCAGAUGUUCACAAUCAUUGACUAUAUUUGGAACAGAAAACACUCGUAGCAUACAUUAUAAUCAAUUAGAUGACAAAACUUGCCUUAAUGUCCUUUUAGAGUAAAUAUAAAUACAUCAAGUACAUAAAGUAUAUACAAAUAUAAAUACUACAAUCGUGUGGGGUUUUUUUAACAAACAUUUUGUCAGCAGAUUAUUUUCUCAAACUUAGCUGUCUGCCUAACGUCAGCUUUCAGCAUCAAUAUCGUUCCUGCUGUCUGAACUUGAGUGAGCUCAGUGCUAAUCUCCAAAAAGCACUUUAAUCUCCAUGUGCAAACAAGCAGCUUAAGCAGCGAGGCCAACCUCUGGCCACACUGACCCCUCACUCCCAACGCUCACAACUCAAUCAGCUAAAAUGCAUGCUGCUAAUCUAGGAUCUGUCUGCAGAUUCUUAGUAGAGACUGAAGGUUGUCUUAACUUUCAGACCUAACAGAGGACAGUGGAUGUAUCAAAGCACAUCCACUGGAAACUGUAACAGAGUGGGAUUUAGUCCUUUUUUGCAGUAGUUAUUUGCAGGCUUUUAAAAUAAGCCUAAAUGGGAUUACUGCCAUCGAGGUCCCUUUUUGUCCCUUCUGUUUCUGUACAGGAGUUCAGUCACUUUAGUUCUGACUCAGUUUUGCUCUAAACUGUAAUAGAACAACAUGAAAGCACUUUGUAAGCAUGACUUGAAUUUUAAAAGCAUGUCUUUAUUUCUAUGUCAAUAAACUACUGAACUAA